CGACAAUGUAACUUGGCCGUGGAGAGUCCGUUCUGGACCCAGAUCCACCUCAAAAGCCGAAAUAAGAUUCCGGAUGAAGUGUCACCUGCCGAGCUGAAUGCCAGCCAUGCCUUUAAAUAUAGGUUUGCCCCUCCCCAGGUUUCUUCUCGCGGGGUCCCCGGAUCGUGGCUCUCAAGCCUUCGCCGCAAAGUUCUCUUUGUUAUCUUCAGUACACAACAGCAAACUAUGUUCUGACUAUAGUGGACCUGCGGGUAUGAAAUAUGGUCCAUGGCAGGCUACGCCGGCUUAUAUAUUUGUCCAAUAUGCUCAAAGUCAUACAAGAGGCCUGAGCAUCUGCGACGUCAUCAAGUCUCGCAUGGCGUGGAAAGACCCCAUCGAUGCCAGAUUUGUGGAAGCACGUUCCAAAGGUCGGAUGUGCUCAAACGACAUCUGAAAACGUGCGACGCCUUUUCAGAAGAUCCGGCAGAGCAACCUCUAGAACCGAGCCCCAAGCGCCCUGCACGACGAAAGUCUCCCUCGCCGCAGCAACCCUUGCUGGGGUUUCCCGAGCCUUCUGAGCCAAAUAUUCAGUACCUAACAUCCAGCGAUCCGAAUGUACUUCGUGCUGAUAGCAGAAGUCCUCCUUUUGCCAAUAUUGCCGGUUGGAUAUCGGGCGGCUUGUCAAACCAUGCUUUCGACGACCCCUCCGAGAAUUGGCAGGAUUUUCUCAACUGGACAUCUGGGACGCAGCGCUUAGAGGUGACAGUGGAAGGCCUGGGUGCGAAAGAGGAGUCUCUACAGUUCUUGGCCAACUUUACAAGCAACACGGGCCUGGCUGCUUCUUUUGAUUGUGGGACACUCGAACAUCGAUGGCGAGUAGCGGACGUGUUCGCGAAAUCUGGAACUGCAUCAACCAGCGCGAUGGAAGCUGCGGUUGGCAGCGGUACACCUGUUCCAGACAUCAAUGAAGGGUCUCACGCUCACGCAGCCGUCCAUCAUUGGCUCUCUGACCCUCUCUCAUUGAAGUCUCAUGAGAUUGUCACUUUGGUCAAGGAGGUUGUGAUGCGCAAGUCGCAAAAUAGCUGCGUGGGGUUGACAUGGUCGCCCUCGGUACAGCAGGCAUGCGUUCAGUUCUUUUCGCCGGGCAAUAUGCGACGCUGUCUCUACUUCUACUGGGCAAUCUGGCAUCCGAAUGUCAACAUUGUCCAUAAGCCAACGUUCGACCCUUUGUCCUCAAAACCCCAGCUCGUGGCAGCAAUGGUUGUGAUUGGGGCAUGCGUUUCGCCCGAACGAAGCGAUCUGGAGGAGGCUAGGCAUUGGUUCAACUGUGUGGAAGAGAUGGUUUUCAGUGACGACGACCUUUGUAAUGAUGGCCCGAGUCCCGUCUGCCGAGAUACCGGAGAGGUCCAAUGGCGGCACGGCAAGCUCCGAGCGCUGCAAGCCGCCUACAUGGUAUGCCUCUACCAGAACUGGGAAGGGUCAAGUUCAAAUAAACGUCGAAUACGACGACACCGGUACAGCGCCGUUGUUGCAACUGCAAGAGACAUUGGCAUUUCUAAUGCCAGACAUCCGGAUUACCAACAGCAGACCCUCUGUGAUUUCCCCUGGAGCCGCUUUGCAUUGAGGGAAGAACUCAUCCGGGUUUUUAUGUGGAUCUUCCUCCUGGAUACCGCGUUCGUGAUCUUCAACAAUUUGCCUCCACGUAUGGUAAUUCGAGAAAUGCGAAUGAGCACAGCCAUGCCUGAGGCCUGUUUUCAGGCCAUGACCGCCGAAGAGUGCUUCAGCGAUAUACAACAAGGGGAGCAGAAUACCCUUGAUUUAGUCUCCGUCUUCGAGAUACUCUAUCAGCCUAAUAUCGACAGCGCCCUGAUUCUCAAACUUUCCAACCUAGGCCCAUUGAACCUUUUCGCCAUGGCGUCAGCAUUCCAUUCCAUCAUAUUUCACUUCCAGAACACUUUUAGCUGCCAGGGCUCGCUGGAGGCAAUCAAACACGCCCAGCAAGCAUGGAAGACAGUGUGGAACGGCUACAUGUCUCAUUUUUCUCAGGAGCCACGCCAUUCGCCUACUACUGCAACCAUGGCUGAUCUUGUCCCGGAUGAUAUGUGGAAGCGCGCCGGGUUUACACGUUACGCUUCUGAGUAUUGGCUUCUCGGGAAAUAUAUGGUUGAUCGUCUUUCUAAGCCAGCCAAGAAGGUUUUCGGCGCCGCUACAGAUCCAGAUAACCAGGUGCAGAGCCCCAUUUCCGCUCCUGAGUUGGUCAGCCCUCUUCUCAGCCAGUAUGACGAGACGAGUAUGCAACAAGUUAACAUGCUUAUCUCCGAGUUUCGGAAUGUGAAUAUAUGAUGUACUUGUAAAUGCCGUACAGGUCUACUUUUUCUUGUUAUAUCUUGGAGGGUGCCGCUUGGGGCGUUGUAUAAAGCUGCUCUUGGUGAUUCGACUAUGAGCUUUGCUGUGGGGCGCUGUGUCAGGCCUGGUAGGCUUCUGUGGAGCAAUGGUCGUGGUUCAUUGUUCGGGAAGGACCCAAGCACCAGCUCUUCUAUUCGCAUGACAGUGUCCCCCUAUUCCAGUUGCAAAGUCCGUAACGACGAGAUAUCAUUCGAAGAUACGUAUAGCGUGCGUUUGUGCUGUUUAUGCUAAGAUUCCAACCCGAACCUACUCCUCGCAUCUCUGUUGCAACACUCAUGCGAGGCAUUACUAUAUCUGCCACAACGCCUACCACUGGCACAACGCAAAUUAUUACAGCACACCCAACAACGCCAGUAUUGGAGAACGCCGCCAGAUGCUCACAAGCUAGUGCUUAUAUGAUGGAGUUUUGAAAGGGUAUUGCUCUACUUGGCGUCAAAAUCUCGUUCAAGGUUCUGGCGGGGAAGAGUAUAUUCCAGAAUCCGGCACCACGGGUCAUUUGAUUUAUUCCUUGUCGACUGGUACAACUUGGGAGCCAGGGAGGGAAUUUCAGCGUUGCAAACAUCAUCUGGAUUAGCCUCUACCACUUAAGCCAUUUUGUCCGGUCGAAAACCUGUCCAGACGACGCAAAUGACUUUCACCAGGCUCCAAAGCAGUUGCUACCUCCACAGCCCACUCGAAUAUGUAACCAUCAUCAAACCUGGGGUAUAAGCUCGCCAUCGUAAGCACGAGACCACUAAUACACAUAGCGGAAGUUCACGUUUGCCUAGAGAAAGGGUUGAUUAGCCGUCUGCCUCGGACUGCACAGAUUGGAAAUACACACCCUGUCCGUGACGUCCUCAAAACCAUGAACGCCUUCUUCAUCAGCCAGAGCCUCUCCUCUCGCAAUCUUGCCCUCCUUGAUGCUGUUCUGCCAAAUAUAGUAGUACCGAAGCAGUACCAGCGUCACUGCCAAGGCGACGAAGCAGGAGAGAAUGACAGCGAAAGCAGGGAAAUAUCGUGGUGCAUCCUGACUCCUGAAAACCUGAGGUCCGAUUGCGUUUCCCGCCGCCCACGAGAUGAAUGUCAGGGAGAUGACGACCGACUUCUUUGUAGAACCGGCCACAUUUCGUGUGACUAGAGACAGCGCCAGGCCGACCGCCGUCCAGAAGCUGUACAUACAGUACCAAGCAAUCAAAAGACCGAUGCGGGUGGACGGGGUGGCCUUCACGCCGCACAAUACUGCAGCACCGGCGAUGGUCGGGAGCACAGCGGCGACGGAGGGCCAGAUUGUCAUCUUGUACUUUUUUUCGAUCCAGACACCUGACAGCAUGGAUAUGACUUGAAUCACGCCAGUAACCUGAAUGGUAAUUAGCAGCCGGCCUCAUGCCAAAGAAGAAUGCCGCAACAAACCAUUUGCAGGAGCUGUGUCUCCCAGGUCGAAUACCCGAAGCCCUUGAUGACGAUGGCUGCGAAAGCUCCAACUCCUCCCGAGGGAAGCGUAGUAAAGAGUUGAAUGAGAACAAAGGCGUAAACUGGCCGAGUCAGCAUUGGAAUGAUAUUUCGUAUGCGUGAGACCCAGGAGGGUUGUCCAACGUACCUUGAGGAUCCAAGAAUGCUUCUUUGACCUGUUCGAUUCGGAACUUCUUGUUCUGAACGCCGGUACGGUUGGUUCGUACGCGUUCAAGAAUGAGUCUCUUCUCUUCCUCGUUGAAGCAUUUCGCUUUCAUGGGAGAGUCUGGCAUCCAGUAUAUGACAAACAAUCCCCAGCAGAUAGCAAUCAAACCGUGGAACAUGAACAGUCCUUGCCAGGGCUCGAGUGGCGCGGAUUCAGGAACCAGCGUAAACAGGAAGCCGACAAGGCCACCCACGAUUUGCUGGAUCCCAUUCAUCAUGUACCUUGAGCAAAAUCUGUGCUUGCUCCUCACGUUUGUACCACAUGGCAGAAAGGACUGUGAAAGAUGGCUGGCAGACGGCCUCGAAACCUCCCAAAAAUGCUCGAAGGGUAACGAGGCCUGCGAAAU